AGACCUAGCUUGAUCCUUAGGCCGGGGGCACACGAGCGUCGAAGCGACGCGCGUUUCUAUGUUCUUCCUUGUCUUGCAAUCGAAAACAAUGAAGUCAGACAAGAUCGGCGUUCCUAUGUCUUUUCAAUUGCAAGGACAAGAAAAACAGUAAGAAUUGUGUAGCAUUAUUAAAAAAUACUUUUAUUGAAAAAGAAAGCAAAUUAUCCUCGCGUAGAACUUGGGACUUGUGACGGAAGAUGAGGGCGCUCGCGUCGUGGCGCGUCGCCCUUACGAUUUCCGGUAAAGCCACGUGACCUAGCUAACGGUCGCUGUUGCCCUGAAGCGUCAUGGAAAAUUCCCAUUCCCGAGCAACAACCCUCUCCCCUCCUUUAUGUACAUACCCCCUGCUCGCCCCCACCCCCACGAAAGUCCCCACUAUGGCGUUGUCAGGUACUUAUGUACAUCCCCCACUCCUUUGCGAAAUUCUCCUUCCCCCACCACUUAGUCACUGGUACCGGAUGUGCGGCAACGUCGCAACCGUUAAGUACAUAAGGAUGAGUGGAAGGGGGACGGAGGGGGAUACGAGAAAGAACUGGCAACGUGUACCACAUUCAAAUCUGGACGGAACCCGGUCGGCCUCUCGGUUCACCUCUGCACAAAACAGCAGAAAACGCGGGCUACGAGAGAAUUGCGUGCACGCUUGGAACAGGCAACCGACGAGCGUUUCGUGCGAACUGACUACGAUCUUUUGUGUAUACCGUCGUGUCUCGUUGUCAAGUACAGCAGCGAAUAGAUUACACCGUACAGAACGCAUUUCGCGGCGCCCUCGCGCGACGACCCUUUCGCUUUCCCCCGUAAGUGUGAAUUUUGCGCGCGCGCACGCAGUUUAAUGUAAAUGUCACGAGAACGUAAGGGUAGCGAGACCGCGUGGCGGGAGUGUUGUUUCGUGUGGUGGAAUUAUGUGCAUGGACAUUCAGGUUAACAAGAAGAAGAAGAUGAGUGACAAGAGUGUCGACGAAGACGUACAAAUCGUCGAAGCCCGAGUCAUCAGAGGUCUUGAUAAAGUUGUCGUCAAACAAGAACUUCCCGAUGAAGCGGAAAUCCGAGAACUGGCUGCCAAAAUGGUGGAAGCAAACAAGGCGAAAAUGGUCAGUGGGGUACCAGGAACGCCGCAACAAAGACCUCAAUGUCUCCUUCCGCAAACAAAUCUUCCUGGCGUUUUAGGAUAUUUGAAUAAACGACCGGCCGAUUCGUCGACCGGCGUAACUACGAAACCCCUUCCUGCGGAAGGUAAAGUACCACCAGACGAUGAGAGUCAAAGAGGCCGUUUCGGAUGGACAAGCUUCGACGACUGCCAUAUACCGUACAUAUUUCGCUCUGGCGAGAAGUAUUGCGCCGUACGAAUUUUAGAAUCUAAGUUGUUGAACAAGUACCUGAGUUAUUUGCACUCUGACAUCUACAGUUGCACGUGCAUAAGAAGUUACUAUAUUACGGAAGCCGAGAGCAAGUUGUUCACCGAAAUAAAUGUGAAGCAUUGCGAGAAUCAGUUCGGUAGAGACCAAUUUACGUGUAAGGACUUGGUGGUUCGACUUUCUGACGCUAAAGAGUUUUACACUUUUCUGGAUGUGUGUUACACGAAAUUAACGGCGGGCACGAAUCCUAACGUGUCGGGCGGACAUAAUAAGGCCGACAAAUGCGGGUUUAUUCGAAUAAACAAGGAAUCUGUAGUUCCUUACACAGUGAAAGACGGUCUUCAAUACGUCCCUCUGUUUUAUUUUGAGGGCGAGACCGAGAAUCUGAAAUUGAAAGCGGAGAAGCUCGAAGGUUGGGACUUGUCGUAUUUGAAGUUUUGUUGCAAAGUACAGGGUAUUCGUAAUGAACUGUUUGCAAGUGAGACAUGCUCGGUGAUUAGUUUGAAUGACAUUAAAAGUUACUUCCCACCCGGUACGGGAUUCGAAGACUAUUGGCCAACUAAGGUUAUGGACUCCCAGUUGUUAGUGACCAGCAAAGGUAGUGGUACUGGUGGUGGAUGGACAAAACAACCUCCAACACCACCGGCGACGAAACCCGUUACUGUGCAAAAUAAUGUGAAUAAAACACCACUUAAUGCGCGUGUUACUCCCAUGCAUAAUAUGUUACCACGUGGAUCAGUCCCCAAUGCAUCGCAAGUACAGCGUGGUGUCACUCAGCCAAGGCCAGUUGUGACUACGCAUCCUGCACAUUCUUCACCAACAACGCUUUCCUCUGGCAGGCCAAACAUCGUAACACAACCAAUGUUGAACACGGUGCAAAAUGUUAAUGGUUGGACAGGACUUGUCGGUGGUCAGCCCACUUUCCAAACAGCACUCGUUUCUCAGGCAAAUUCUAUUAUACGAAUGCCCUCAACUUUAAACAUGCACAGUCAAAUAUCUACGCAAUCAAAAAAUUAUUCACAACAAACUAGUAGAAGUAGAGGGGGUGGUGGCAGUGCAACAGCAGCUCAGUACCCUGGAGUAUAUCCAGUUACAACUAUGCAGACUGUUGCUCAGGCCCAACCACCCCCUCUUGUCAGAGCAACAGUCCACUCCAGUCAACCUAAUCUUGGUUAUCCAACCUAUGGGAAGGAUGACUGGGUUACAUCUACGUAUACUACACCUACUUUAGGUGUACCUAAUGCUGUCACUGCGAAUACAUACCCUCAAAUGCUUGGUUUAAGUGAACAAGUACAAGCUUUAAUGCCAUCACCUACAUCAGCAUCUACAUUGUUGCAUUCAGAAAGGCAUACGCCAUCCGUACACAACACAUCUCAUGCAAAAUAUCCACCACCAUUAAUACCAGUUAAUGGCAACAAUAAUAAUUCCAGAGAUGCGAGAGGUAGAAAGCAAUUGAUACCAAUACCAGAAACACAUACAUCAACCUGUCAAGUUCAACCUUAUCAAAUUCAGAAAGCACUUGUCGAAGACAAAAUGGUACCUUGUAUUAAUUUCAAGCCAUACAUCUAUUCUGAAUUGUUGAUGACACUUCCUGAUUUCGUCGCUCAGUAUUUUCCAGCCUAUGACAUCAAUAGUUGUAGACAAGUUCUUACAGAUGUCUUGCACAUAGACUUAUAUCAAGGAAAUAGGUUACAAAUGAAAAUGCUAAUGGAGGCAGGAAAGUGUUCAUCCUUGAAUGAAGAGCUACCUUUAAUACAAGUAAAGAGUAUAAUGAAAUACAUGCCUCAAUUGAAAUACAUGUUCAAUAGAGGAGAUAUGGUGAUUCCACCUGCACCAGCACAUUCCUCUGAGGAACAUCCUGCCAAAAAGCGUCAACGCACCAGCUAGGACUGGCUACAGCCUUACUGGCCUACCUAUGAUUAUUAUCAUUCGGCAUUCUGAAAAAGCCGAUUACUUUGACUCAUAUAUAACAAAUCAGCAUUAUAUGCUCUGAAAAAACGCAAACCACAGAUGGAAUCUAUACUGACGUCAUGUGCCAGAGAGUGCAUACAACUGAUGAUUACCUUUUAUAUACAAGGAAUCUGUGACAUACUAAAAGCUACUUCUUUCUCCAAAGUGUAUCUAUGCGACGAGAGUCUGCUUGUAAAUAAAACUGAGAUGUAUAAAACUAGCGUUGCACAGUUAGCAAUUAAAUAUGCUUUUAUAUUAAGGUUAAUAACACUUUUCUCUAAUAUUUCGUUUAGAAUUCGAACCCGACAAGAGAAAGAAAGGCAAAAACAGAAAAUAUAAUUAUCAAGACCAUUCCUCAUUUUUUUCUAUUUCAUUUCAUUUCAUUUUUCUACCUCUGCUGCAGAAUAUCUAUCUUACGUGUAGUAUUUCUUUGUAAAUAAACUGAAAGUUCUAAUCGUAAUGUGAUUCGGAGAAAGAAAGUGCUGAUAUACGAUUCGUUAAUGGACAUGAAAUGCUGUAGGUGUGUUGUUUAAAAUUCACCUACAUUGCAUACUGAACGGAUAUCAAAAAAAUUUGGCAUUUGUAUAUUUAAAGAGAUGGAAGUAAUGCUUCUUCAAGUUCCUAGCUAUUGCUAAUACGUAUCCUGAUAACUAGCUGCAAAAUAAUUUAAAAAUGUUACUAAUUCACAACAAUGGUUUAAUAUAAAUUGUGACGUGAGUUUAUCAAGACUUAUUAGGUAAAUAUUUGAAUAUUGGAAAAUUAUAUUUUCUAAAAUUCAGUUAUCAAGAACACCGUACACAGUGAUGCAUUUUAUUUUGUUCAGAUAUUGUCAGUGUUGUAAAUAUUUAAGUCAACAAAAAAAAAAUAAUAAAAAAUACAGCUUAGGAUACCAUUAGAAACCUGGCACGCAUUAACAAUCAAUGAGAUAUGUGUCGUCAGUGUCUAUGAGAGAUUUUCUACUAUUUACUAUUUUAUGGGUAUAAUCAUUCCAGAAAAUGUAUAAAUCCAACGCAAUCGAUUUUACAUUUUUUUUUCUUUUUUUUAGAAUCAAUAUAUACUUCGUUCCUCUGUAUUACGAUUAAUAAAAUAUCGUUAAUUAUUUAACAAAUUCAUGGUUGAAGAAUCAUUUGUACUGUAAUGUACUUAUAAAAUGAUAAACUGUAUUUAUUAAUUCUUUUUUUAUUAGUAAAUUUCAUAAUUGUUAAGUACUCAUCAAGAGUAACAUAUCUCAUGAAUGUUAAUUUCAAACAUCAAUAUGACAUCUUAAUUUCUGUAAAGAAAAAGGUGUAACAUUUUACAAGUUUUGCAAAUAGAAAAACGAAAGAAAUUAUUCUCGAGUCCAAACCUGACAGAUCGUGAAACAUGUAAAAAGCCGCUUGAGAUGGUCUUCCGUUUUAAUCGACAACUUCAUAUGGGUACAAAAGUUAAAAAUAUUUAUUUAAUAUAAUUUUCCAUAUUUACAAAAACAUUCACUGAAUGUUUGUUACUCUGUUUAAUGGAAAAAGUAGGGUAUGACUAAGUAAUAAAAAUGAAAUCCUUUAUGGCGUACAAGUACGCAGUUUCAACUGAUCCUGCUCCUAAAACAGAGGCUUAAAUUAGUAUUACUGACUGAUUAACUUUCACAUUCGCUAUUACUAUUACAUAAAACAAAAAUUAAGUAUGUAUAUGUGAAAAAGAUGUGUAUGUAUAUAUGUAUGGAAAUAGGUAUUUAUAGUAAUAAAUUAAUAUUGACCAUCAUGGAUUUUUCAUAUAAGAGAAAGGCUUAGGCAUCCUGUUACGGUGAAAAUGGUCUAUUUUGUUAUUUAUAAAAACUACAUUUAGUCAUAUGAUUUCAAAGAUUCUAUUGCCAUUGAAAGGACCUAACUAUUAUGGACUGGUGUCUAACUUUUCUAAUAUUAACGAAAAAAAUAACACAAGAAAUUCGUACAGGAGAAAUGUUCAAUGGAAAAGUCUGUAGAAUAAUAUGUAACGUAAUAUUUAUUGUUUACAUCUCAUAGCGCGGCAGAUUAAAAUUGUCGUAUUUUGGUAAAGGAAGUAAUAUAGACACCGGCAUGAUAAUUAUCGGUUAACAAAAACUAUUUGAAUUUCAUGUGUGUAUAACAUAUUGAUAUAAAAUAUCAGUGAAGUUGAUUUUGUUGAUACGUUAUUUUUAUAUUGCAUUGUAUACGCGUUGUUAUAAAUAAGUAAAUGCAAUUUUUGAAUGUAUGAAUAAUAACACAAAAGGCAUAAACAAAAAAUUACGAAAUAUACAUUUUAUGGAGGGCGCGCGAAUAUGAAUUUAUGAAGUAUGAAGAAUUUCUUGAAUUAUUUUAAUAGCAAUUCCAGUACAUACAAUACUGUACAUUAUUGAUUGCUUCGUGUUAUAACAAGGGGCUAGUAGAAUAAUGUAUUACACGUACUGCGUUUCGAAAUAAAAAAAGAAAGAGAAACGGAGGUUUGUGGGCCCAGUCCAAAAAUUAGAACUUAAUUAUUUUUAGUAUAUUAGAUUAGAGCAUUUAUUUGUUAACACAUGUUAAAAUAAUGCGUGUAUUAUACUUUAUCACAUUAUCAUCUGUACAUAUA